AUGAAGUGGGAAGAAUGGAGACAUCAACUCCCACACUUGGCAAAAUUGAAAAUUCUUAGGACGUACACUUCACAGGAACUCAGCAAGGCAAAAACAGUAGAACUACACAACUUUUCAGACGCCAGCAUGUUGGGAUAUGGUCAGUGUAGCUAUUUGCGUGUGGUCAGUAGUAAUGAUGAAGUAGAAACCCAAUUGGUCAUGUCAAAGUCGCGUGUAACUCCUGCAAAGACUGUGACGAUUCCUAGGUUGGAAUUGAGUGCUGCAGUGGCUUCUGUAAAAGUUGGUGAAUUCCUUGCGCGUGAGCUUAAGAUAGAAAACUUGACACAGUUUUACUACAGUGAUAGUAAUGUUGUUCUGGGAUACAUUUCAAAUGACUCUAAGCGUUUUCACGUCUUCUUUGCGAAUCGAGUUCAGCAAAUAAGAGACUUGACAAGCCCAGGACAGUGGAGACAUGUUGCCACUGACAUCAAUCCCGCGGAUCUUGCCUCGCGUGGCACCACUGCUGGAGAGUUGAUGGAUAGUGCGCUCUGGUGGAAGGGUCCUGACUUCCUUUCUAAGCUAGAACUCCCCUCUGCAGUAGAAACUCAAGUUGAGCUGUCUCCAUCAGACCCUGAAGUCAAGAGAUCAGUGACAGUCCUGCAGACAGAUGUAAAGAAGGCACCCAAUCCAAACAUGAUUGACAGAUUUGAGUCGUUCUCCAGUUGGAUGUCCCUCAAAAGAGCCAUCGCAUUGUUGAAGAGACGAUGCACAGGGAAAGUAGAUGAAGGUCACACCCCGAACAGAGAAGUUAAAAGUAUUCAAGAGGCAGAAGCUCAAAUCAUUCGUCUUGUUCAGGAAUGCGCCUUUCCCAUUGAGUUGAAGAAACUAGAGACAGAGGGAAACCAAGGAGUUGGGAAAAACAGUCCACUAGCAGCAUUGGAUCCAUUCCUGGAUGAAAAUGCUAUCCUCAGGGUCGGAGGUAGAUUGAAGAACUCUUCCAUGUCAAAGGAUGAGAAGCAUCCAGUGUUGUUACCCCGUCAUGGACACGUGACACACUUGAUAGUUGGGCAUUAUCACAGGAUGAAUGGACACCCUGGUCGUGGUAUAACUCUCAACAGCAUAAGACAGGCAGGAUAUUGGAUAAUGGGGGCAAGAUCUGUUGUCACAAGUUACAUAAUGAAGUGUGUUUCAUGUAUCAAACUCCGUGGUGCACCGCUUGCGCAAAGAAUGGCUGACUUGCCUGAGGACCGCAUGGAGUCAAUUGGACCAUUCACAUACUCUGGAGUCGAUUACUUUGGUCCAUUUACUAUCAGAGAGAAACGCAGCACCCUAAAACGGUGGGGUGUACUUUUCACAUGUUUAGCGUCCAGGGCCGUCCAUCUUGAGAUUGCUAACUCGUUGGAUACAGACGCAUUUCUAAAUGCAUACCGCCGGUUUGUAUGCCGAAGGGGUUCUGUUAGAAAACUACGAUGUGGUCGGGGUACGAAUUUUGUCGGGGGAAAAAAUGAGCUCUCUGUUGCCUUGGCCGAGAUGAACAAAGCAAAGAUCACAGAACAACUCUUGAAAGACAAUUGUGAAUUAGUUGAAUUCGAGAUGAAUGUCCCCCACGCCAGCCACAUGGGGGGAGUUUGGGAAAGGAUGAUCAGGUCGGUCAGAAGUGUUCUCAAUGGUCUCCUCCUUAAAACUGGUCACCAGUUAGAUGAUGAGCUGUUGCAUACUUUGAUGACAGAAGUAGAAGCAAUUGUCAACAGCCGGCCGCUUACCUUCAUAGAUGCAGAGGAUCCAAACUCACCACAGCCGCUAUGUCCGAGCCAACUUCUAACCUUGAAGGCCAAAGUUGUGAUGCCACCCCCUGGCCAUUUUGUGAGGGAGGAUUUGUAUUGUCGUCGUCGAUGGCGUCGUGUCCAGGCCAUGGCCAACCAAUUUUGGCAACAGUGGAGAACCGAUUUUCUUCCGACAUUGCAGGAGAGGAAGAAGUGGGUAAACCCCACAAGGAACGUGAUGAUAAAUGACAUUGUUUUGGUGAUUGAUGAAGACCAAGCUCGAUGUGACUGGCCUUUGGGACGUGUGAUAGAAACCAGUCCAGGACGAGAUGGUCUUGUGAGAAAGGUCAAACUGAGAGUUGGUAAAGGGACAUUCGAGAGACCCAUUCAUAAAUUGGUCUUACUGCUGCGCGGGGAAACUGGUUGA